CCACAGAAAAAGGAAAAGAAGAUAAAGAUAAAGGCACAGCUCUUUGUUAGGUAUCUUGUUAGGGUCACAACACAACUGAGGGCUUUAACUUGUGGAAUACAUUUGAGCUUGCGCAAUGGAUAAAAAUGCUACUAGAACUGGCCUUGAGUUGGUGAGGUCAAUCUCUAAUAAGCAUCUUGAUCUUUUGAGAUCAUCCGCUCGAUAUGUUUCUCUACUUAAAGGGCAAAUAACAGAUGCUAUGGGCCGUGAAAAGGGCAAAUAUACUCUUGUUAAAGAUUUGGAACACUCCCAACUUGGGACUUAUGACAAGCCCCUUCCAUGCUUUGGCUGUGGGAUUGGAUGGUUUUCAUUUCUUUUAGGGUUUGUGUUCCCACUUCUUUGGUACUAUGCGACGAUUCUCUAUUUUGGAAAUUACUACCGCAGGGAUCCUAGGGAGCGAGCAGGACUAGCAGCCUCAGCAAUUGCUGCACUGGCUUUUACUGUAGUGUUGUUCAUCGUUGCAGCUAUUCUUUUCUUUUAAUCCCGGUGGCUCCAGUCUCAAAAUGCUACUAAACACCUUUGCGAGCAUCAACAACUGAAGUGGAAUUGCGAGGACAUGUAGAUAACACAGCAGAAGAGAAAGGGGAAAAAAGAUAGUCCCAAGACUGUCCCCCAAGAAAAAUUGAGAUUAGAUGAUAAAAUCCAAUACUACUUGUUUCAAAAUGUUUUGAAUUAUAUGGACAAAUAGAAGAGAAUUUGUUUACAUGUAAACUAGACACAAGUUUUCAUAAUUAUAUAUAUUUGAUAGUUCAUUUGAA